UGUUAUAUUUGGUAACACUUGCUUAUUUUCCACCGACUCCAACCGCAUUCGAUGCAUGGAACGUAUGUGGGUGGAGCAAUGUGUACAUAAAAGUGAAAAUUAUAAACACUUACAAAAGCUCCGGACGAAGGCCGAUACGUAAAUCAAAAAUAAAGAGCAGUGAUACUAGCAGCAGUGUGUGGGUUUCUUGUUUGUUCUCAUCUAGGCUUAGUUAUAGUAAAACACGUCAAUUAUGGUCAUUUUGCCAUUUCCUUGCAAAAGUGAUAUUUUGGUAGGCUAUUUUAGUCGUAAAUCUAGCUCUUUUUGCCCUAGCUUUUCAACAAUCGUGAUGUAGAGUCACGUCAUCUCAAGGGAGAAGUUCGGUAUGAAAUGCACUCCCUUCUAGGUGUGCUGGGUGGUACCACCUUCUGGUUUCGUAUAGAAACAAGCACCAUAUUUGGCAACAAUCUUGUACCCGGGACCAAUCUGUGAGUUAAUUUGACCAUUGGAAAAGGAGCUACUGCAUAAAUACUGCAAUACGGGUUGAAUCGAAUCUUUGUUUUCAAGGUGAUGAGUGCACUUUUCUUCCGAACACAAUACCGCAAUAAAUAUCCCCAGCAGCUCACUUUCCUCAAAUCUGAAGAGGAUGUUCCCACCGAGCAGCAGGACUGUGAGCAAGAGUGGCGAGUCAGGCUGAUUCAUGAGGGCCCAGAGCCCAGACUGAUUAAAGAGGAACUGCUUACCAGUCAGGAGGAAGAGCAGCUUCUAGGGCUCUUGGAUACCAAAGACUCCAUAUUCACUUCUCCCUGUGUGGAAAGUGACUGUGAUCAGGAGAACCCAUCUCAGCCCUCACAUAUUUACCAAACCCAAACUGUGGAGGACAGAGAGAGGGACUCUCUACUCACCUACACAACUGAAGAGAUAAAAACAGAACCUGAUGUAGAGGACUACAGAGUAUCAGAACCAGCCAGUGACUCUCAGCCCCUCUCUGCAGUAACUCCAAACUGUUCUGCAGCUCAGAGUGAAAACAAGAAAAGUGAUGAUGAGGUGGAGAGUGGAGGACUACAAUCAGGGUCUAAGACACUCGAAUCAAAGAGAAAACAGACAAAGAAAGGAGAAAGGUUCCAUACCAGUGCUGGAGGCAGGAGGGGUAAAUCCAAGAAGCGUUCGAUCCGUAUGUGUGGGAAGUGUGAGCCAUGCAGGAGGACUGAGGAAUGUGCUCAGUGUGAUUUCUGUAAAGACAUGAAGAAGUUUGGAGGAUCCAAUAAGAUCAGACAGAAGUGCAGACUCAGGCAGUGUGACGUCCAUGCUCCGGAAAUGCUGCGUGUGAAGGAUGAGGAGGGCAGGCGGAUCCUGAGGAGAGGAGGACAUCCAUCUGACGACAGUGAGAAUGAGAUGGAGUGUGAUGGGUGUGCAGCUUCAUCACACUCCGUCACUAUAAAAAUGCACUGAACUAACAGGCAUGGUUGUUGAUGACUCUGAUGUUUAGAUGAACAGAAUGAAAUAGUCUCUAUAAUGCACAGCGCUUAACUCAGACAGCUGUUUGUAGCUGCUGGGAAAGUAUUUCAAAGCCUAAACUUGAUCACUCAGGAUGGAACUUUCCAGUGCUACUGUUUUUGCCAUGUAAUAUUUUAUUAAAAGAAAAACAGACAAACA